AUGGUUCGUGUCACCGAGGAGCUGGCUCUGUCCGCAGAGCAGCUCACUCUAUACCAUGCCUCCGAUCCCCUCCUCGGACACCUGCCUGUGCUCAUCUUCCAUGGCGCCUCUACUACCGCCAACUACACCCUCAACAGCUCCCGCGUUCAGAUCCACGUCUACAGCCCCGCCGGCUACCAGUCGUUCCCGCGCCUGACCAUCCAACCCAACUCGCCCUUCUAUGCCGUCGUCAACCACCUGCCGCGCGAAUGGCAAGGCGACGAGAUCUACCGAGGCCUCGCCUUUGGCUUGUACAAGUACUUCCAAGAGCUGCCCGAGGUCGUCAAGAACCACCUCAAGAACACAUAUCCGACCACAAGGGGGCGCCGCCCGGGGAGUGGGCCGGCCCUCUUUGGCGAGCAGCACGCCGCUGACCUCGCCAAGAACAUGAUCAAGAGCGAAAACACCGUCGAAGUUCUUGAGACGUUACAGACCGCCCUGCAGGCCCAACACCUGAGCAACGUGGACGUCGACUUUGUCCUGCCUCCCGGCUCCAUUGUACCGCUGCAACCCGAAGAUCUCGACGAUGCGCCCGAGGAUGACGACGAGUUCCUUGACCCGACUCUACGGCAAUAUGGAGGAUACACAUCACUGGUGAAGCUGCUUGGCGAGCCUCUCUUCCUCCCCACCUCCAGAUUACGGCGGGCGCCUUCUAAGCCGACAUCGCUGAAUCGUAGCAAGUCCUUCUCCAAGGAUCAAAAGGUGGAUCUGAGAAUGAAGCUUGGGGAGCUGGUCGACACUGAGGAGAGAUACGUGCUGAAGCUGAAUGAGCUGGUGAAGCACAUCGCCGACGACUUUAGACAAUCUGCGAAACAGCGCGACCCAAGCAGCCUGAGCCCCUCUGAAGAAGAGCUCGAGAAGCUUUUCCCUAGGUCGGCGGAUAGGAUAUUACAGGUCAACUCUGCCUUCAUGGAGGAGCUGCGCAAGAUUAUGGACGACACCGAGGAGGAGGCCGUCAGGGACAUGGAGGUGACGACGGUUGCACUGACGGGAUCCAGGCUGGGGUCGCCGUCCAAGAUGAAGGAUCCUACAGGCGCACUGGCGAUCGCGAGGGUGUUCCUCGAGUGGUUCCCAAAGUUCACAGAUUGCUACCAGGAGUACAUUCGCGCCAGCCAGCACUUCCCCACGCUUCUCAAUUCGUUCCUGGAUCAGCAGUCGAGCUUCCGCCAACGGGUUCUGCAAACGGGCGAGCAGACCGUUCGCUCAAUUCUCAUCGAACCUGUUCAGCGUCUUCCCCGAUACAGUCUGCUCAUCGACCAGAUUGUGAGCUGUCUUCCCAUGACACAUCCGGCGCUGCAAUCAAUGCUCAAAGCCCGCGACAUCAUUACAAACAUCUGCUCCAUGGACGAGCCUAUCCCAGAUAAGCCGCAAGUGACAAAUCGCCUGCGCAACAUGGUUGAGAGUUGGCCCCUCGACCUCGAGCCUCAAGGAAGACUCAUCCUCGCAGCUGACUUUGUGGAGCUCCCUGCACCCUACCGUGUGCUUGAUCCUCCAGAGGCGGCGGAGCGUGCUGGGAUCUUCGUCUUGUUUUCAGAUUGCCUGGUCAUUUUGAAAAAGUUGGGACCCAAGCCAAUGACUGGCAAAGACCUAUUGCGCGAAAUCGACAAGCCUUCAGCGGCCGGUCUUCUCCUGUCAAUGACGAAUGCAGCCGGUGGUCAGCCAUCUUACGAGCUUGCAUUCACAGGCUGGCAUAACUUGGCAGACGUGCGCUUCACAGAGUCAACAGAUGGCAGACUUAUUUGGAUGACUUCAACCCAGGAGAUGAAGGGAGCGCAUGCAGGAGAGUGGGUGACGGGCACCGCUGUCACGUCGCGGUGCUUCUUGCUGGAGGAGACCUUUACGAGAGCGUCAAAGUGGACGGAAGAUAUUGUAAAGGCCCGUGUGGAGGGUCGAUUCUCGGAAAAGGAGCGCGAGGACCCUUCUUGGACGCUUCGGUCUAUCAGAAUGUCGGACAACAACCUCGGUUUCUUCGCUGCCGUCUUCCAGGAGGGCGCCGACCAGCUCAUUGAUGGCCGGCGGGAGCCUGCGCCCAUUCGCAUCGUCAUUGACCACGAGAAGGGCACCAAGGGUGCGCCGAUUGGACACUACGGCGUCGAAAUCACGGUCAACGUCAACAGCGGCGACCUGAAGAAAGUCAAGAUGGUGACCGCUGGCUUGAACGGCAAACAGUUCACAGACGAUGUGGUGUUGGACGACUUUUUGCCAACGCUCACACGACGAAUAAUCCAACUGCUGGGCACCCAGUACAGCGUGUCAAACAUGCGACUCGCACCCGCGUUGGUGUCAUACUACACCAAGAUCCUUAAAGGCCUGCCGCUCAUGACGAGGGCAGAAAAGACGAGAUCGUUCCUUGCUUCGUCCCCCGUCAAGGGACUCUUCUCCAGCAUCUGGGGUGGCUCUACCAAUACUGAAGCACACAGCCCACCGAAGCACAGCAGAACACCUGUGACGAAUGUGUUCCCUCCACCGGUUUCGCGAGCAAAUAGCGAAGCAGGUUCCAUCUACGGCUCGGCCAGGGGCAAAGACGGGAUCAAGAUGGGCGGCGAUGAUCGCCCCGAGAACCCCCUGGUACGGCUCGAACAGACCUUUACAGGAUACGUCGCCAGUCUUCAAGCCCGCAAAGGUAGUAUCAUCGGGCGGAUGCUGCUGAAUCGAUCCCUUGCCGACGAGCUCCUGGUCAAUGAUCUCUACAACCGGCUGAUUGAGAGUCCGUUUGACCUCGACGCCUCGUCUGAGUGUAGCGCGGAUGUCAUCUUUGUUGCCUUUGAAAAGUUCAUUCGCAUCGCUUGGGGCGAACAGAUGGGCCCGAUUAUGACGAAGCAGACCCUGGAUACGUUGCUGGAGCGCAUGAACCGACAGGUGCCAGGAAACUUUGCCGACUUUGUCAACUUCAUCUUCAAGGAGAUGGCACCACAAAACCAAAGGGCUUUCACGGCUCUGAUCAAGUUGCUUGCCGACUUGCUUGAUGGCUGUGGCAAUGAUGGAGAUAGAGGCAUCCUGACGGUAUCGUUUGCAGAACUUCUUGUCUCGGAUGGUACAGCGCAAGCCUACAUCAACUUGCUGGACCGCCUUGUCGAAGACUGCGAUAGAAUCUUUGACGAUGCCGGUUUCGGCGUUAACCUGACUGUUCAACAAGCCUUCGAGUCUAUGAACUCUCGUAGCGGCAAGUCGCACUCGGGAUCGUUGACUUCAAAUACGUCUUCAAUCAGACGCAAAUUCGGUUUCGACACGUUGCUGCGGCAGAACAGCAAAAACGACUCAGAGCGGCCUUCCGUCUGGCGCACGCUCAGCAAACACGGUCGACACCCUGCCUCUGCAGAUGCAGCCUCGAGUUCUAGUCUAUCCAAGAUGACAUCGUCACGGGCAAGGUCAAUCGACUCGGGAACACAACCGGGGCCUAACAAGCUGAGAAGACCCGGCUCCAGGGACAGACCACCAAUUGCUGGUGCUUUUGACGAGCUUCCCAGACCGAGCAGCUCGCAACGACCCGACAUGCGCCUGGAGACGAUCGGAGAGCCCGACGUCGAGUCAACGCCUCCUGUUAAGUCAUCAAAGAAGAAGCGGCGGAGCUCUCUAUCUGAUCUGCGAAGCCUUAUGGAGGCGGCGACGAUCACGGAUCCCAGAGAAAAGAUUGAGGAAGCGAUGAUGCCGUUGCGCAUAAAUAAGCAAACAUCAGAAAAGUUCAACUCAACGCCCCGGAUACCCUCGCCGUCUAGGAUACCGAUAAGCCCGACAUCCCAGAGCUUGCGGUCUCCUCGCAUGAUCUCACCGCGCCAAAAGGAGAACCCCAUGUCGCCUGAAGCACUAUUCUCGUCACCGCCAGCAGCCCCAGAUCGUGAAAACACUCCCAGCCGCACACCAAAGGGACAUGCUAGAGGCUUGUCCACUUCUAAUAUCCCUACACUCAGACCGACUCGCCCCAUAGGUCCAGUCUCUCAAUCAACCGACUCGAUCCCCAGACCAUCUACGAGUCCUGGCAAGCCACCAGGAAGCGGCAAGCUCCGCCUGCAGUCGCCGCAGAAACUUCGGGAGCGGCUACAGACCGAGAAGAAGGCGGUUGAGGAUGUCGACGCAUCACUUCAGUCGGAGCUGUCCAAGAUUGCCGAAGAGAUGUCACGAGUCAACUCUGGUCUCGGUGGUCGCACCAACACGCUAGACCUGCGCAAGUUGACAGCUUCAGUCAAGACGCUCGAGGAACGGAUCCCGACAAUGAUGUCGGAGCUGACGGACCGACAGACGGCGAUCCAGCGUGACAUGGAGAGCACGCUGAGAGCAUCCGAGACGAAGGUCAAAAGCAUUGACCAGCUAUACCGAGAGUCGACGGCCGAGAAUGAGCUCAUGUACGAAAAGUUCAACAGCGAGCUGGGCAAGAUUGUCAAGGCGCUCAAGGGCAAGGGCCGAGAAGACAAGGAAGAGCUCAUUCGAAGCCUACGCGAGCACAGCGAGGAGACGGCGAGGGUGAAGAAGGAGAACGCGCGAUUGAAGAGGGAGAUUGUCAGUCUGCGGACGGUCAUGAAGGGUGCCGACUGA